AUGAUAAUAUGGACUCCCAGUCCCAGGAGGGAUGAUCAGAAUGAGCUGUGCUUUGUCAGUCCUCAUCCACCAUUGAAGAUUAAUCCAUCUUCCAACUCUCACCAGAGAAGUUUCCUUAAGAAGCAGCUGGUAGUUGACCUGGAAACUUACACCUUUCUAAUGUGUGGGGAGGAGUGGCCUUCAGACCACUUAUCACUGCAGUCUCUCCUCAGCCUGGUAGAGAAGAAUACCAUCUCCUACCUUGGGUGUAUCAUCCAGCUUGACUCAGCUGCUUUCGUUGGGACACUUGAGUGCUACAUUCUGGCUGUCAUGGCUUAUGAUCGCUUUGUGGCAAUCUGUAACCCACUGCUUUAUUCAACCAAAAUGUCCACACAAGUCUGUGUUCAACUGCUUAUAGGAUCUUACACAUGUGGUUUUCUUAAUGCAGCCUCCUCUACCCUUUUCUUCUUUUCUUCUAACUUCUGUGGACCAAAUAGAAUCAGCCAUUUUUUCUGCGAUUUUUCCCCUUUAGUUGAACUCUCCUGUUCAGAUGUCAGGAUCCCCAUAGAUAUUAUUACAUUUUACUGUGGGACUACAGUUGUGAUCACAUUGUCAGUCAUAGGCACCUCCUAUACCUACAUCCUCAUCACCAUCCUGAAGAUGCCCUCCACUGAGGGUCGCCAGAAGGCCUUCUCCACCUGCACCUCCCACCUCACUGCAGUCACUUUGUACUAUGGGACUACCACAUUCAUUUAUGUGAUGCCAAAGUCCAGUUACUCCACUGACCAGAAUAAGGUGGUGUCUGUGUUCUACAUGGUUUUGAUCCCGAUGUUGAACCCUCUCAUCUACAGUCUGAAGAAUAAUGAGAUUAAGGGAGCUCUGAAGAGACAACUUGGCUCUCUAUAUUCCUUAAUGAGUUUUCAGACACACAUGGCAACGGACACCAUUUUUCAAGCCACUGAGCUAUUUUUCCACAAUUACAGGACCACCUGUGGCCCAGGACUUUUUCCCUUUGAGUCCAUCCAUGUCUGUGUAGCCAAGCAUCUUUUCAGUUACAUCGUUUAUGAUCCAUUGUAUAACACAAGUUACUGCAGUUAA